UCAAAAUUUGACUCACUCUGUUUUGGUGCAACUUUACAAUUUUUCUUUUUCCCCACAUUUUUGUGGUUCCCCUCAAUCACAAGCUUCGUUUUGGGCACCGGAAGCUCAGUGUUUCUCACAAGAGUUACCUUGGGGUCAUUUUUCUUCACUUUAUUCAUGUUUGGUCGAAAGUGAGGUUAUGUUAAACGUCAUUUACUAAAUCAGAAUCUUAAUUAUGAAUUGAUUGAGAAGUGGGGUCGCUAUUUUCGGCCAGGACCACACCCGUGUUACUUUGGGGCCACUUUAUUUCUGGUUAUUGACUUGAAAUUAUAAAAUUUGGGCCUAAGUGAGGUUAUGUAAAAUGUCAUUUCUUGAAUCAAAACCGUAAUUAUGAGUUUGGAGCCAAGCGGGGCCGAUAUUUUGGAGCAAUACCACACAAUUUCGAGCAAAUUAAAAAAGCGCUUCCUCCGUAAGCCCAACGUGACCGAAGCGUGUGAGUCGUUCAGUUCGUUGGGGAAACAAUGCGAGGCCUCCGAACUGCCUUCGUACGCGGGGUUGUGCUGGAUUUCGUCAGCGCGAUGUGAGGGCUCCUUGGGGAACACCCCGGGCGAGGCGGCUUGUUUGACUCGAGCCGCCCGUCAGUUUUUAUCAGCCGAGAGGAAGGACCACGAGUUGGGGUGCCCCAGUCCGUGUCAGGAGAAUUUAGAAGCUGCUGUUGGUUGUUUUGCGUACGCUGCAAGUCGCUACCCGGACGACAGCCCCCUUCCGAUCGGGCUCAAUCUCGAGCUGGUGGAAUUUUUGACGAAAAUUGACAAAGGGGGCGAUGUUGAGGACCAUUUGUUAAACACAGUCGAGCUAGCGAAGGAUAAUUUUGACACUAAAAUUUUUUGUUUAGAAUUGUUAGCGUCCCAUUAUAUUGAAAGUCGGGACUAUACAGGAGCCCUAAACACGUAUAAUGACAUCGUCUCCAUUGUCGAAUUGCUACCCCUGAAUGGGGCAAGAGCUGAAACUGUCUUAAAAUGCGAAGUUAGUCGAGUUUUGCUUUUGUUGAUUUUGAGACCUGCGCCCCAGAAGUUGCCACCGAAUUUGGCCAAAUUACUCGAAAAGUACACAUGGGGGGACCAAAACGACAAAGGGCUCAAAGCCUGUGGGAUGUCUCAAAGGAUGUUUAUUUUACUCCAAUCACUGGUAGCCGCAUGUCAGUCGUUGGAUACCUCGAAUCUUGACCAUUUGGAAAACGAAUUGUGGAAAAUGGUUGGAAAAGAGGAACGGGAAUUGUUGAGAAUAUUGGUGCAAAUUUAUCUUGACCUGUAGAAAAGAAUUAUUCUUAUUGAGUUUGUGACUUUUUGGUUGAUUUGCUAAAAAAUAAACUAAUUUAUUGUUAUAAAAUAGGUGCAUUUUUUGCCCCCCAAAGCAAUACAAAAAAGUUGAAUUUGCGAUCAAAGUGAAAUUCAUUGUAUGUGACAAAAAAUAAACGAAUUAAUAAUUAA